AUGUUGACAGUGGGAGCGAUGCCGCCUACAACAACGACCAUAUACUUCGCGUGCGGCACAGAAGCACAAAAAGUUACAGAUUCAGGCGGAGUGUCGGCCAGUACAGAUGAACGGGAAAACCGUUCGGGACUGGAAGAUCAGAGCACGAGUUUACAUGGAGACAAAGACCCAGGAGGAAAUGGACAGAAUGGAGGGGCCCCAGGGCCUCCUUCAAAUGCCAAUGUGAAUCGCGAGGUCGGUCAUCAGAACAACAAUCCAUCACCAGAUCACUGCGUUGUUACAGUGAAAGUACCUGCGGACCCAAAAAUAGCCACCUGCAAUAUUAAGAAAAAGGACAUGAAUCUGCAAAUCACUAGCGAAACAAAGAGCGUUUCGUUCCAAUGCGACACGCCUAUCUCCACUCUACUUCCUCAAGACCCUUCAGAUUCGAUUUUCGAUGAGUCCAGCAAAAUCUCUUUGAAGCUGUCCGAGAAGCUGCCGUCAGCCAAGUUGGCGACAGCAGCGACUGGUGGCUACUCAUUCAGUGUGGAGGAGCUUCCUGAGACUGAACAAACACUCUGUUACAAGCGCUGUUCUCCUGCUGCUAACAAGAAGGAGCUGCAAACCGAGGAAGAUAAUGUGUCCACUGUCAAGAUCAAAGUGGCGGCUAUGGAUCCCGUUAGCGAUGCUUCGGCUUCUGUGGCAACAGUGUCGUUGCCUGUCUAG